CCCAGGACCCUGCACUCACUAUAUCUGGUCUCCCCGGACCCUGCAUUCACUAUAUCUGGUCUCCCCGGACCCUGCACUCACUAUAUCUGGUCUCCCCGGACCCUGCAUUCUCUAUAUCUGGUCUCCCCGGACCCUGCAUUCUCUAUAUCCGGUCUCCCAGGACCCUGCAUUCACUAUAUCUGGUCUCCCCGGACCCUGCACUCACUAUAUCUGAUCGCCCACAGUACACACAACAACCUGCACCUUCCCAAAGAAAAAAAAACUAACAAUAUACACUAAAGUGAGCAUGUGCAGCUUGCCCCCAAGGCUCUGUACUAUCAGCAGAU